AACCCCAAAUACAUUUCAGACGUUCUAGUUGGCUUUUCCUGAUUUCAUUAUUUUCCUAAUUGAGUCGUACAGAUUAUAGAGCACAUUAUUGGUGGAAUUUUUUAUUAUUAUUAUUAUUUUUUUAAAUCUUCACAUAUAACUGGCAUUUGAACAGGAGUGUGUAGACCUUUUACAUCCACUGUAUGUUACACAGUCACCUACAUAAGAUUCUUGGUAUGAUUUAUGUCAAACAUGCUUUACAGACAAUACUUUUAUAUUUUUAAGUACAAUGAACAUUUUUAUACUCUGGUCAUGACACAAUUUCACUUUUUUUUUUUUUGUGCAAUUUCUAUUGUUCAGUUAAGUGUAACUCGUUAUUAGAUAACAUGAAUGGGAAUAAUUGCGGCACUAGUCGUAGGAUAUAAUGGGUUAAAGCAUACAAGGAAGUGUGUCCACCUGGAAAGGGUGUAAAGUCCAUAAAGGAGGGGAGAGAGACUCCCGGAAAUACAUACGUUCUUCAAGACAAGAUCCCCUUUGUUAUAUAUAUUUUAUUUUAACAUUAAUUAGUAGAUACAGCCUUACAGGGUAAAAUACGUCAGAAAAAUGGACCCACACAGACAAGGAUCAAGUGACCAUGUGGACGACUACGCUGAACUGGUAGAUGACAUUUACUCCAAUGGCCAGGAGUCAUUGAGAUUAAGACGUCCUUCAUCUAGAGGGUCCAAUCGGAACUACCCUCACUUCAACUGGAACCCAGCAGCCACAGAAGUACAGGGAGAGGAGGAGGAUUAUGAUGAAGUGGAGGGCUACAGAGAAACAGACCAGGAGCUUCGGGACCUCCGCACAAUCCCGCUGCCCAUGGCGCUGAAAAGGGCUGUGAGGCAGGUGCAGGAAAUGCAGGUGCCCGUGGCCUCCUCCAGGAUGACGUCGUGGAAACAAAAGAAACGCAAAACUCUGCAGAAAAUGAGAACUAAUGCCACAGAGUUCCUAAAUUUCUUAAUGCUGUGGAGGAAAUCUUUGCAGCAAAUUGGAGGCAACUUUGGCGGAGGUGUCCAGUCUUACUUCCUUUUGCUGCGGUUCCUGGUGGUACUUAAUUUUGUCUCCUUUUUACUGAUCGCCGGGUUCGUCUUCAUCCCAAGCAUCGUCUUCAGAUCCGAAGACAGCCGCCCUGUGAACAACAUUGGGCCAGAGGAGUGCAUGAAAUACGAUCCCAAUCCUCAAGGCUUGGUUGUGUUCUAUAAUUACUUUCUUGACUUCCUUUCAGGAACGGGUUUCAUGGAGUAUUCAUACAUGUUUUAUGGCUACUACAGCAACAUGUUGGUGGGUGACAACAACUUCUCCUACAACAUCCCGCUAGCCUACCUGUUGACCGCCGUCUUCUACUUUGCGUUUUGCCUCAUCUGCAUCAUGGCCCGGUUGGGGAUGGCGGCUCGAGUUGUCGUGGCAACGGGAGGCAGCGCUCUGGGCAACUACAGCUUGAUCGUGUUCACAGCCUGGGACUACAGUUGCCUGGGAGACCGAGCAACCAAGCUGAAGCAGAAGAACAUCCAUUACCAACUACAGGUGGAUCUGGAGGAGGAACUUAGGAAGAAGAAGAUAGCUGCUCUGACCUUUUAUCAUAAGAUAAUCCUCUACUCCCUCCGCAUCGUCAUGGGUUUUGUGACUUUGGGGCUCAUCACGGCAGCCUGCUUUGGCAUCUUUGCGGCCACUGUUUUCAGUCAGGAGAGGAGUGGUCAGAAAGGGAUUCUGGGUUUGAUUUUUGAGUAUCUGCCCUCCAUUGUGAUCACCGCUGGUAACUUCGUGGUGCCUUUCCUCUGUGAUCUGAUCGCCCUGGUGGAGCGAUAUUCACCCAGCACCACGGUCAUAGUGGCCCUGCUAAGGGCAGUGUCCCUUCGCUUUGUGAGCUUGGGAGUUCUGCUGUUCACCCUGUGGGGUCAGAUCACAUGUCAGGGGGACAUGGAGAAGUGUAACGUGUGCCAGUACAACCACGAGGAGUACCCGUGCUGGGAAACGCGAGUGGGGCAAGAAAUGUACAAGCUGACCCUCUUUAACCUCAUCGUCACCAUCGGCGUGCUCGCGUUGGUGGAGUUUCCGCGCAGGAUGCUGGUGGACAACUGGUCCAACAAGGCGACUCAGUGGUUUGGUCGACAGGAGUUCGUGGUGUCUGCCAACGUGCUGGACCUGGUGUACGGUCAGACGGUGGUCUGGACGGGGGCUCUUUUCUGCCCCCUGCUGCCCGUCAUCAACGCAGUCAAGUUUGUCAUCCUCUUCUACUGCAAGAAGGUCACACUCUUCUAUAACUGUCGACCGGCGCUCAAGACCUUCCGGUCCACCACCUCCACCUUCGUCUUCCUGGUGGUGCUGCUCUUCGGAUGGGCCAUGGCCACUCUGUUUAUGAUCUACUGUGUAGCUGAGAUUCGCCCAUCAAUGGGCUGCGGGCCCUUCCGCGUCUUCCCCUACAUGUGGGCCAUCGUUCCGACGUCUUUCGACCGCCUCUCGGAAGUCACGCAGGAGUUUCUUCUCUUUGUUGGAUCCCAGGCUUUCUCCAUCCCUCUGUUUGCCUUGUCUUGCAUAGUGAUGUGUUAUUUCAUCGCUCUGGCCGCUGUUUACGGUAAAAGUGUUACUUUGCUCAGAGCUCAACUCAAACAGGAGGGCCGCGACAAGCAGUUCUUGGUCAAGCAGAUUGAGAACCUGAGUCGUCAACUUCAGAUACCAACGAGAGACAUUGCAUGACAAGCCUUUCCCCAUUGCAGACUCUUUUAUUGCUGAUAAUAUAUUUAUGAUACAGCUAUUAUUAUUGUUACUCCAUAUGUAUACCACUAAGACAGUUAGAUUUGACUGUGGGAGGAAGCCAGAAUAUCUGGAGAAAACACAUUCAAUUACGGGGGAAACAAGCAAACUCCACACAAGAAGGCUGCAGCAGAGCUUUGAAUCGUGAACCUCAGAACUGCAGAGCAGAUGUGCUCACCACUCUUCCGCCGUGCUGCAUGAGUUUAAAACAAAUGCACUUGUUUUACUUUGCAAUGCACAAUGGGAACAAGAAGCAGCAAAAAAAACUCAAUAAAUUUAAUGAAUUUGUGAUAUUUUA